AUGCACAUGCACAACAUGCGAACGUUCAUGAUGAACCGAGCGAUCACGCUCGCGUUUGUGCCGCUUGCUUUCUGUUUCUCGUCGACCCCGAGCCCCGCGCCGAAGCCCCACAAGCCCCACGUCCUCUUCGCCCUCGUCGAUGACCUUGGGUUUGCAGACACGGAAGACGCGGGUGGCGACGGCGGCUUCAUCAAAACGCCGAACUUCCAGGAGCUCAUCGCAGAAGGCGUCAAGCUCGACCGCAUGUACUCGUUCUCAUGGUGCGGCCCCUCCCGCUCGAGCCUCCUGUCCGGGCGGACGCCGACGCGGCACAUCAUAUUCAUCUAA